GAAGGGUAGAGAGAGAGAGAGAGAGAGAGAGAGAGAGAGAGGGGUUACUUUGAGCCUCAGGGGGAGUGAUGGAGGGAAAAGAAUAGAAAAUGGAGGGAAAAGUGAUAAAUAUCCAUAACUUGAAAUUAAGGAUCAAAAUAGUACAUAACUCAAACCAUUGUUUUUUUUUUUUUUUUCCAUCAAUUUUUUUCUGAAGACAUCAAUUUCAAAUUUCAAGCUACAAAGUAUUACAAAGUAGGAGAGGAGAAAUAAAAAGAAAACCAACAGAAAAUGAAAAGAAGAGAAACUAUUUUCAUGUGUUUGGUUUAGAAGAGUCCUUUUUUACGUUCUUGCAUUCCAAACACAGCAUAAGAUUCGAGAGAGAGAGAGAGAGAGAAAGACGGUGGUGCCUAGCUCUUUCGGAUCAAAUUCAGCUUCUACCGCAGCAUUCUUCCUUCUUCUCAGACGGAUUGGAAUCACUCGAGGAUAGAUUUGAAACAUUUGUUAAAAUCUCCUGCAGAGCUAGCUGAUAAAGUACAUUACACAGUCCAUUUUUAAGAACUGACAACUUAUCAAUUGCAAACAAGAAGUUGUUCCCAGCUAUCGACUCUCAGUACUAUGUCCGAAAAUUCUCCAGUUACUUUUCUGUAUCAACGGAUGAAGCUUCGACAAAUGUAUCAAUGGAAGAAGCAUUUUUGAGUGUAUCAACAGAAGAGGCAUUUUCAAGUGUAUCAUCGGAAGAAGCAUUUUAAAGUGUAUCACUGGAAGAAGCAUUUUUGAGUGUAUCAACAGAGGAAUCUUCGACCACCAGCAGAAACAAUGCCUAGUGGUGGUUGUCUUCCAGUGGCAGCCAAGGAGGAAAUUAUAGUCUCUCUAGAUGAACUUGAAAAUGAAGCUGUUAGAGGGGCACUUGUUUCAAAGUCAGGAUCUAUUGAUAAAUGUGUUGCGGAAGAGUCUGGUUCUGAAGAAGCCCCAGAAAGUGACAUGGACAAAAUGCUAGACUUCUGCUACGUAAAUGAUAGUUGUUCAUCAUCAGAGUCAGAUAUGGAACUUGGUUCAGCCUUUUAUCAGACUGAAGUGGAAGACACUGGUGAAUGCUCCUCUUAUGAUGUAGUGGUCAUGAAGGGCUUGCAGGAUGAUCUUUUGGAAAAAACCAUAUGCAUCUCUACUCUUAAAAGUGAGGGACUGCUUGGAGGAGAUCAGCCCAUCAGGACUCACACUUCUGCUGAAAAUAUGUGUACUAGCAGUGAUAACCGCUGUUUGAAGUCAUGCAAAGUUUGUAAUCAAUCAGAAACCACUUUGAAGAUGCUUAUUUGUGAUCAUUGUGAAGAGGCAUCUCACGCGUCUUGCUGCAACCUUCGUACAACGAAGAUACUGGAUGGCAAGUGGUUCUGUCACUCUUGUUUGAAGAAAAAGCAUAAAAUUUUGAAGGGGAAAACUACCAGUAAAUCACUGAAUAUCAACAGUGAAACGGGCAGAUGUAGAAAGGCAACGUCUGAGGGUGAAUUAGGUCCUAUAGCAUUCAUGUUGAAAGGCUCUGAGCCAUAUAUAACCAGUGUCCAAAUUGGUAAAGAUUUCCAAGCGGAGGUUCCUGACUGGUCGGGUCCAAUUAUUGAUGAUGUCGAUACUAUUGAAUCAUCGCAAAUUAAUCCUUCAGAGCAUGUUAGCUUGCAUGAGUUGAAUCUCAAUAAUUCUUCUAAACUCAGCUCUAUUGGUAAUUGGCUUCAAUGUCAAAACGUUAUAGAUGGGGUGGGAGAUGGUGUCAAUGGAACUAUAUGUGGGAAGUGGCGCAGGGCUCCUCUUUUUGAAGUUCAAACUGAUGCCUGGGAGUGCUUCCGCACUGUUCUUUGGGAUCCAGUCCAUGCUGAUUGUGCUGUACCCCAGGAACUGGAUACGGAUCAAGUUCUAAAGCAUUUAAAGUAUAUAGAGACGUUGAGGCAUCAACUGGCUGCUAAAAGGCGCAAAUUAGGUUGCACCAGAAGUGUUGGUUCACAAUACCUUACAGGGAAUGUGAGAAAUAUACGAACCCAGUAGUUCUUCUUAUCAUGCAAGUACUUAUACGAACCCAAUAUACGAACCCAAGCUCGAGCACUAAAAUUUACUGAGCCAGAUGAUGUUCAUUGUUGUUGCUGGUGUUGGAAAAAAGUUGUGUAGCGCAAUAUAAUUGUUGAAAUAGACAAGCCUGGCCUCUCUGCCUCUUGAACCUGAUUUACCGACUGUCUCUUUCGUUAGCUGAAUCAUGUUUGUUUUCUUCGGCUCUAUUUUCCCUUCUCGUGUUGGCUUGCUGUUGGGUUUCAUUCUGGUGAUGGUUUAAUUGAAAGAUUUUACUACAUUUACCAUGAGGAAAAA